ACAACAAAAAUGUCUCUUCUUGUCCUUAUAAAUCGCAAAAUUCUUUAUGGUGGGAAUUGUAAGUAGCAUUUGUUCGACCGAGUGUAGAUAUAGAGCAAAGGGUGCAAUCACUUGCGGUGAAUAUACCGGACGACCCGGAAUCGGACUCGUUUGCGGAGCGGGCGGAGGACUGCUUCCAGAAGCGGCCUCAACUCAUCGCCCUCCUCCAUGACCUCCACCACCGCUACCUCUACCUGGCCGACCGCUACGCCCAGUCUCUACUACACCGCCACCACCAUCGCACCUCCUCCGUCCCCUCCGACCUCGACGCCGAUGAAGACACCGACCUUCUGGACUCCGCUUGCUCCGACGCCGAGAGCUCCCUCUCCUUCCGAACCUCACCCGUUCAGCCCCGUUCGCAGUUCCAAGGUCCGACCCCCGCCGUCGCGGCCGCCGAUCUGGACAUGAUCAUGGCGGAGCUGAUGCUGGCAGGGGUGGAGCGGGACCAUUUGGAGGCAGAGGGGGCGGAGGUGGAGCGACGGUUGGCGGAGUCGGCGCGCAAGAUCGAGCUGCAGGGGAGCUUGGUUGAAGUGCUCGAGGCAGAGCGGAUGGUGCUGUUGGGUGAAAACGCUCGGCUAGGGUUUCGGGCAGCGGCCGCGGAGGAGGAGGCGCGGGCAGUGGCUGCGGAGUUGGGGUACAUGCGGCGGCGGGCGGCGGAGCUGGCGCGGGCAGUGGUGAAGCUGCGGGAGGACCACCGGGUGUGCCUUCUGGACCGGAGGAUCGAGGACCUCCAGGCGCAAAUCUACGGCCUGGAGCGGCGCAACCGGGAGUGCUUCGAGGCUAUGGCGAGGCGGGAGAAGGAGAAGGGGGAGGCGCGGGCGGAGGUGGACCGCCUCCGGGAGGAGAACCGCCGGCUGAGGCAGGAGGCGGAGGCGGCGCGGGCCAGGCGGCGUUCGGGCCGGAGCUGGUGGGAGCGGGUGCGGCGGUUCGACUGGGUCCCAGCCUCGUGUGCGCCGCACGUGAGGGAAUCCAAGGUGCCCAAGAAUUGUUUCUACAUAUAGAUAAAUGCACCUUCCUUUUUCGUCUUCGUAUGUUUUUGUUUAUUUACGGUCCAAAAAUAUGGCUAUGUGAAGGACAGCACAGAGUUGGUUGUAGAGUGUCCGUGGUAGUCACCUUGUACUAUGAUAUUAUGGGUUGGACUAAACCGAUAAGUAUGGCAGUGUAUCUGAUGAUACGUUGAGUUGUC